AUGUUCAUGGAAGAGCCAUCGCAAAAAAAACUCAAGCUGGGCGAUGAGAGCGGCCAGGACGGUGGAGUGGCGGAAGCGUCUGUAGUAGACGCAGAGACACGACUGGAGGACUCUGUGCCAGAGCGGUAUAUCGAACUGGUGUUUACGUGGUCCAGCAAGCCGUUUACUUUAUCCAUCGCCGAGGUAUUCGAUCUGAAAGCGUCUCUGCAGAGCCUCACGAACGUCCCUCCGGAGCGUCAGAAGAUUAUAGGACUGGUCAAGGGAAAGCUCCCUGCCGAUGACGUCUGCGUGCAAUCUAUCAGUGGUGAUUUAAGGCUUGCGCCUGGCAAAAAGUUCACGCUGAUCGGCACUCCACAAGGAGACGAGAUCAAGGACCCUUCACAAUUGGAAUUCCUCCCGGACGUUCUGAAUGAUCUCGACAUCGACUUCUCCGCCGCGCCCGAAGCGGCAGCCGCAUAUCUGCACGACCAGCGGAAUAAGCGCAAAAUCCGGGAGAUCAGUGCAAAACUGCAGGUUAACAUUAUCCAUCCGUUGCGGGAGGGGAAGAAGUUAUUGGUGCUGGACAUCGAUUAUAGUAAGGACGUUUUCGUCCUGUCCCAGUUUGCCCCGGGUACGCGUGCUGAGGCGACUACAGCCAUCUUAGACACGAAACCCUUAACAUCUGGUGCUUUGCCUCCGCAGGAAUGUGUUAGGCCUCGCUUGCACGAAUUCCUAGAAGCAGUUUACCCGCACUACGAUAUAUGCAUAUGGUCACAAACAAGCUGGGUCUGGCUCGAGACGAAACUCGUCGAGGUCGGCAUGCUCGGCACAGAACGAAAUUAUAAGAUAUCCUUUGUGCUCGACAAGACAACCAUGUUCAGCGUAUUCUCGACGCGCAAUGGUCAGCCAUAUCGACACCAUGUGAAGCCAUUACAGAUCAUAUGGAACCGCUUCCCACAGUACAGUGCGAAGAAUACCAUCCACGUGGACGACCUGGCGCGGAACUUUGCUCUGAACCCGCGUCAGGGGCUGAAGAUUUCUGCCUUCAAGGACGCACAUACGCCACGCGCGAUGUCCGAUCGGGAAUUGGACAAGCUGGCGAUCUAUAUGGUCCAUAUAGCCGAUCUCGAUGACUUGAACAAGGUCCAGCAUAAGGACUGGAAAAAUGUGGUCCGCGGCUUACGACCGGAUUUCGAUGCGCCAUCGACAUGA